AUCAGUUCUCAGUAAAAAAGGCAUUCGAAAUCAUUCGUUUCGUUUUACAGAUUGACUGCAGUUUAGAGUUUACAAUAUCAUACAAUGCUCUUUAAAAUCUCUAUUUUAUUACUAUCUAUUAACUUAACUGUUAAUACUGUGUCAGGCCAAACUGAAGAUGAAAUUCUCAGAGAUUUGUACGAAAAUUGCAGAAUGUGGUCAAAUACACCUCCGGGUGAAAACAUUUCACAGCUUCACUUUUUAUACUAUAUAGGAAAAAGCACACGCGACUUUGCUAGAUUAAUAACGUACAUCCCUACAGACGGCAAUAGGGCAUUUCCAGAUCUAGAUUUAGAACAAUUUACUAUACUUUUUAAACAAAUAUGUAGCGAACGUGGUGUUUUUGUAAAAGACUGGGCAGCAUCUAGGAAAUUUUUAGCGUCAUCAAGGACAAUACAAGAAGUUGCACAUUCACAACCAGAACAUACUGAUAACGAAGAUGAAGAAAAAGCUCUAAAAGAUUCGUUCGAUGAUUGUAGAAAAUGGCUGUCCAGAGGUUCGUCCGAACCUCUAGAUACAAAUAUUGAUUUAAGUGGGUUUUGUUGGUACAUGGGAAUAAAUGAUAAUACAGUAUUAAAUGAUUACUUCAAAAACAAUCAACAUGCCCGUGAGAGAAUGGAAUAUAAUUAUCGGAAUAAUCUUAAUUUAAAUCAAGGUCCUAUAGAUUUUACACUGUAUUGUGGAGUUUUUAGACACAUAUGCAGCAUUAAUGGCGAUUCUCUAGAAGAUUUGAUAGCGCGUAGAAAAAAUGAAGCAGCAGCAAGGACAGUACAUGAGUAUAUUAUGUCGUUAUCUCCUGAGGAACGUGAUUAGCUUGUCAAAAAUGAAGGAUACAAGAAGGCAAAAUAAAUAAUUUUUCAUAAUCUAAUAACAAUAUGUUAAUAAUGUUAAAAAAUAUUAUAAUUCUUAUAAUAAUUUGUCAAAUUGAA